AUGAAAGCCGAAAAUCACCAACUUAUUCAAAAUCCAACCUUACCCACAAUUAUGAAUAAUGAAGAUUAAAUUCAAGAAAGCAAUUUAUAUUAUGUUAACAGACCUUCUUAAGAAGCAAUUAUUUAAAAUUUUACAUAGAAAUAUAGAGAUAAUACUAAAAAGUAGAUUCUAAACAAAAAUCUCGAUCCUGAAAAUAAAAAAAUGGCAUUUUUUUAAUAGUUAUAAAAACUUCAAUUAUCUGAGGACAAACAUAAAAAAACUGACUAAUACUUUACAUACUAUAAAAAAGAACACUUAUAAAAAUCAGUUAAUUCAAGUAAAGGUUAAUAUAAAUGUACAAAAAUGAAAAUUUUUGAAAGAGAUAGGAUUAAUAGUGAGAGAACCAAUUAAACAUAUUAGUAAUUAAGAGAAUAUAGUAUAAUUGAUGAUAUUGUUUAAAAUUAAGAUAUAAUAGCUAAAUAAAAAGGUUUAUUAGAAAAAGUGUAAGAUCUUAAGAAAUUGAAAUUAUUAAAGUAAUACAAAUUCAAUCAGUAUUAUAAAAUAAUAAUCAAUUUAGUUAUUGCUUGCCAGGGGUUGGUAAAUCUCCAUAUGUUUUUAAUGAUACUCAUUCAAAGUGUACUAAUCCUGGAUAUUCUAGAAAUAUUGAAGGAGGAAAGUUUUUUACAAGAUGA